AUGAGCGACGCUGGCUCGAGAACUGCCGACGCCCGCUCAGAGCGUGCAGGCUCUGUCCACUCUCACUACUCGCACGACUCGCGCAGGGACCGCCCGUCCUCGACAGACCCGGACGCAGAGCGGGCUCGCCGCGAGGUCGACCGCGAGUUCGAGCGCGAGCGGGACCGUGACCGCGAGAGCAGCCGGCGCCACCACCGUGGGUCGUCGAGGGAGUACGACUACGACCGAUACGAGCGCAGCGGCGGGGGCGGAAGCGGGAGGCGCUCGAGGUCCGGCUACGAGGACGAGGAGUACUACCGCUCGUCGAAGCGUCGCAGGAGCAGGAGCCGUGAGCGUCGUGGGUCGAGGUACGACGACCGCUACGAGCGCGACUACGACCGCCGCGACGACAGGCGUUCGCGCAGGGAGCCCUCCUAUGAAGCCCCGCGCCGUCGUCGCUCGCCGAGCUACGAAGCGCCACCGCCGCGUGGAGGUCGCAGCCCGAGUCCUCAGCUGAGUGAAGAGCAGCGAGAGAUGCGCACCGUCUUCGUCUCCCAACUCGCCGUUCGUGUCACAGAUCGCGAACUCGGCAUCUUCUUCGAGAACUUUGCGGGCAAGGUUCGCGACGCGAGGGUCAUCGUCGACAAGAUCACGAGGAGGUCCAAGGGAGUCGGCUACGUCGAGUUCGUCGAGCUUGAAACUGUCCAAAAAGCCCUCACGCUCUCCGGUACCAAGCUUCUCGGUAUCCCCAUCCAGGUCCAGUACACCGAGGCGGAGAAGAAUCGCCAGGCUCGCGAGGGAGCGGCUGGAGGCGGAUCUGGCGCGCCUAUGACGGGAGGUCUCUACGUCGGAUCGCUCAACUUUGCCCUGACUUCGGACGACAUCCGUGAGGUCUUCCAACCCUUCGGCGAACUCGAGACGGUUGAGCUCCAUAGGGACCCGGUCACCGGCAAGUCCAAGGGGUACUGCUUCGUCAAGUUCAAGAAGCACGAGGACGCGAUGGUCGCGAUCGAGAAGAUGAACAACUUCCCUCUGGCUGGUCGCGAAAUUAAGGUUGGUCUCGUGGCUGACAAGAGCGCUACGUUCAGCCAGCACCUGGGGCAACAGGACCUCAACCUCGAGCGCGAGGAGGGCGGCACCGGCAAGCUCGACGCCAACGCUCGCAUGGACCUCAUGCAGAAGCUCGCGCGCAUCGACCGCCCGCCCGACCUUCCGCCUACCCCGAUGUUCAGGCCUAACAUCCCGCAGAACCAGACGCGCAACGUUCUCCUGAAGAACGCGUUCAACCCGGAAGAGGAGACUGAGCGCGAUUGGGACACCGACCUUGCAGACGACGUCAAGACCGAGUGCGAGAACAAGUACGGCAAGGUUGUCGACAUUUUCGUCGUCAAGGAGUCUGCCGAAGGCGAGAUCUACAUCCGCUUCGACACGACCGACAUGGCGGCCAAGGCCGUGCAGGGCCUCAACAACAGGUGGUUCGGCGGCCGCACGCUCGUAGCCGGGCACUGCGGCGACUCGCUCUUCGACGCCGCGCGUCCUUGA